AGGCGGCUAGGGUUCUUUGAUACGGAGUAUCUCUCAGUCCGCCAGAAGAAAGAAGCAAAUGCCGGCGGGACACGGGUUGCGGUCGAGAACAAGGGAUCUCUUUGCCCGCGGCUUCAGGAAGAAGGGGACGAUCCCGCUCUCCACCUACCUCCGGACAUUCCACAUCGGCGACUAUGUGGACGUCAAGGUUAACGGCGCCGUCCACAAAGGCAUGCCUCACAAGUUCUACCAUGGCCGCACCGGUCGCGUCUGGAACGUCACCAAGCGCGCCAUCGGCGUUGAGAUAAACAAACAGGUACGUUUAUACCCGAUCUGUGAUUUGCUGCUUGGAUGUUCUUCGGCUUGCGCUGUUUUUUUUAUUGUUCAUGGUUUGUCGUCUGGAUAAAUAUUACAUCUUUCGGUGAUUCUCAUAGAAUUUUAAUGUUUUUGAAAUGGAAUUUGAUGCGAUGAAUCGGCUCUAGGAAAUCUCCUGCAUUAAUUUCUCUGUUGGUUUGUGUUUGAAAAUCCUUUGUUUAGCGUCGUGUGAGAUUGAAUCAAAUUUUUUUUAUGAAUUCUGUUUCAGUGCUUUGCACUUGGCUAAACCCUAAACAGACCCAACCCAGAUUUUUGGAGUUAGUUCGCAGUUUGUAGGUUGUGAAAUUUCAGAUUUGCAGCUGUCUAGAUGCCCAAAUGAAAAAGGUCUGGGUAC